GUGCCUUCGGCGCCGCGGAACAAGAAGUCCAUUCUCUUCCCAGAUAGGAAGCUUUUCACUGCUUGGUGAUGUGAAGGAAAGAUUUCUUCUUUGCCUGAAAUUAAAUCCAAGCUGACCAAACAGACAGUUUUUCAAAGAUGAGGCUUGGUGGAGCAGCUUCUUGGUAUCUCAGCUAUGGAAGGCCAACUCUGUGCUAAUGUGGACAUUUCUGUGAACAAACCACCAGGAGCAAGCCCUCAGUCCUUCAUUGCUUUGCUGAAGGUUCACCGAGAGCUUCUGGUCGGUAGGAUCCGAAACACGCAGUGUUUGAUUGAUAACUUGAUUAAGAACGACUACUUCUCCACUGAAGAUGCAGAGAUCGUUGUCCAGUUUCCUACUCAAGCAGAUAAGGUUCGCAAAAUUCUAGACUUGGUUCAAAGCAAGGGAGAAGAAAUUUCGGAAUAUUUCGUCUAUGUCCUGCAGAAAGUCACUGAUGCUUACUAUGAGCUUCAGCCUUGGCUGGAUGAAAUAGGUUACAAGCCUUCAGAGAAUAUUUGUAGUAAACCUGUGGUAAAUACAGAUCCAGUCAGCAGGUAUUGCCAGAAACUCAGACAUGAACUGGGACGGGACUCCAAGUUUUUUAUGUUGUACGCUCAGAAAGAGGAGAUGCUGCUUGAAGAAAUAUACUCCAACACUAUUAUGGAGCUGGUCAGUUUUACCAAUGAGAGUCUUGGCCAGGUGGGUCAAUUAGAAGCCCUUUUUGAUGAUGCAGUUGGGCUAAUUAAUGAAGAUGGAGAGACUGUUUAUGUCUACGGUGAUGCAGGAAUUGGAAAGUCAAUCUUGCUGCAAAAAAUACAAAGUCUUUGGGCCAGGAAGGAAUUGGACAUAGGGGCCAAGUUUUUUUUCCGUUUUCGUUGUAGGAUGUUUAGCUGUUUCAAGGAAGAUGAAGCCAUAUGUUUGAAAGACCUGCUCUUCAAAUAUAAUUGCUACCCAGACCAGGACCCCACAGAAGUGUUCCAUCACAUCUUGCAGUUCCCUCAUACAGUUCUUUUCACUUUUGAUGGCUUUGAUGAGAUCUAUUCCAAUUUUGAUCUUAGCAGCGUACCUGAGAUAUGCUCACCCAAUGAACCCAUCCACCCCCUGGCACUGCUCGUAAGCCUUCUCAGAGGAAAGCUUCUUAAGGGGUCCAAGAAAAUUCUUACUGCCAGGACAGGAACUGAGAUCCAAAAAAACAUCAUUAGGAAGAAGGUGUUGCUCCGUGGUUUCUCCAGGAAUAACCUGAAGGAAUACACAGCUAUGUUUUUCAAAGAUGAGCAGCAACGAGUACUGGUAUCAAACCAGUUGGAAGCUAACCCAAAUCUCUGCAGUUUGUGUUCAGUGCCUUUAUUUUGCUGGAUUAUCUUUAAAUGCUUUGAGCACUUCCACUCCAUGUUUGACAGCCACGAACUUCCAGACAGUUCUGUUACAUUAACAGAUGUAUUUUUGCUCAUGAUUGAAGUCCACCUGAACCGAUCUGUGAAAACAAGUUUGCUGAAGACCAAUAUCAGGAGCCAAGCAGAAAUGUUCAAAUCAAGAAAGGAAAGUCUUCUAGCUUUGGGUAAAAUGGCAUACAAAGGGAUGGAGAACUCUGCCUUUAUCUUUGAGCAGGAAGAAGUCUCAUCGGCAAACAUCACUGAAGAAGAUUUGCAAUUGGGCUUUCUCAGGACAGUUAAAGGUUACAGUGGCUGUGGCAGUCAGGCCAGUUAUGAAUUCUUGCACUUAACCCUUCAGUCUUUUUUCACAGCUUUGUUCUUGGUUAUGGAGGAGAAGGUGGGUACCAAGGAGUUACUUGAGUUUUUCAAUGAAUGUUCUUCCCUGGAGACUGCCCAGCCUACUUGCCUUCGUAUCCCCUGGUUGAAAAAACAACUAGCAGGGGAGGAUCCUUUCCAAAAUAAAGAACACUUUAAUUUUACCAACUUGUUUCUUUGUGGCCUACUUUCUGGAUCCAGGCAGAAGCUCUUCAGACAUUUAGUUUCACCUGCGGUCAUUAAGCGAAAGAGAAAAACACUCAUCAUGUACCUUGGGGAGAGCAUGAAAUCCCACCUGAAAGGCUACACUCGGUCCAGGCUUAAAAGCUACAAUCAGGUGCAGAUGCAGCCCAACUUUGUGUGGAUGCUGAGGUGCCUGUAUGAGACACAGAGUGAGAAGGUGGGGAGGAUGGCAGCCCGCCGCAUGCAUGCCAACUACAUCAAGCUGGCCUACUGCAACGCCUGCUCUGCUGACUGCAGCGCCAUUUCCUUUGUUCUGCACCACUUCCAAAAGCACCUGGCUCUGGAUUUGGACAACAACAACAUCAAUGACUAUGGAAUAAAACAGCUGCAACCUUGUUUCAGCAAGCUUGCAGUGAUCAGGCUCAGUGUAAAUCAGAUCACAGAUCACGGUGUAAGGAUCUUGUAUGAAGAACUCUCCAAGUACCAAAUUGUGUCUUUCUUGGGCUUAUACAACAACCAAAUCACUGAUGUUGGAGCCAAAUAUGUUGCAAAAUUAAUUGAAGAGUGUUCAAGCCUGGAAUAUGUAAAAAUAGGAGCAAACAAAAUAACGAGUGAAGGAGGGAAGUGCCUUGCCCAGGCCAUCCAGAAGAGCAAGACAAUGUUUGAAAUUGGGAUGUGGGGUAAUCAAGUUGGAGAUGAAGGAGCAAAGGCAUUUGCAGAAGCCCUGAGGAACCACCCUAAGUUAACAAAUGUGAGUCUUGCAUUCAAUGGCAUCACAACAGAGGGAGGCAAAAGUAUUGCUGAAGCCAUGCAGCACAACAACUCUGUGAGGAUAUUCUGGUUGACUAAAAACGAGCUGGAUGAUGAGGCAGCAAUGAGUUUUGCAGAGAUGCUGAAGGUCAACAAGAAACUGGUGCAUUUAUGGCUUAUCCAGAAUAAAAUUACAGCCAAAGGGGUGAAGUGCCUCAGUGAUGCUCUCCAGGAGAACACAACUAUUAAAGAAAUCUGCUUGAACGGGAACCUGAUAAGCCAAGAAGAGGCCAAAGCUUUUGAAAAUGAAAAGAGGAUCAUUUGCUUUUGAAUGGGGACUUUCCCAUUUUGCUCCUACACUUGGACAGCAGAGUUUAUAAAGGCAUCAAUCUACAGUGCUCGUGGCAGAAGAGAGAUACACAAUAAGCUGCCUUUUUAUGAGCACACUGCACUCCCUCAGCUCCAUCCCUUACUCUGCCUGUUAUUUUUAAUCCUUUUGGUGAGUGGGAAGUUGCCUGGGUAAAUAAUUAAUAUUUGUUUGAUGCUUUGAAGAUGAAAUGCAAAGUGUUAACAGGCUAGAUCCACUGGCAGGUGUAUGCAUUUUGUUAACUGAGUUUAGAUCUAUUCUGUACAGUGAUGUAAAUAAUCUCUUAACUUAUUUAUAUACGUAAAUAAAGACACACAAGUAUACAUGUGCAAGAAAGGGUACAAGAUCCAAAAACUCCACCAGCUCUGACUAUUACCUGCCUCAGAUCUGAAAAUUAAUAUAUACACAGCUUUACCAGAAACAGUA